GCUACUUUCAUUGAAUCAGUGCUAUUGCAACGCGCAAGGUUGUGAAAUAAAGUGUAGCAAAAAUUUAAUUUUCUUGUGAAGUAAAAAGUAUUUUCAAACGGAAUAAACAAAGUCGUUAGUUAAUAACUAUGUCUGGACCAAAUAUAUUGCAAUCCGUUGCUAUAGGUGUAGGUGCUGGCCUACUAUAUCACUUGCUGAACACGUCUUCCGAGAAAAAAGUCGAAUUGAUUGAGAACUUCCAACAAUGUGUUGAAGCCGUUAAGAUUUUACGGAAGCAUUGUAAUGAAGUUCCAGCACUCGGCUUGGACUGUGAAUGGGUGGACGCUCCGUAUGUGUCCGUAUUGCAGUUAUGCAGUCACAAGGGAUAUUGUGCUGUUAUAAGAUUAUGUAAAAUGGAAAGCAUACCCAUGUCCCUGUGCAAUCUACUAAGUGAUCGCAAGGUGGUUAAAGUUGGUGUUGGCACCGCAAAAGAUUGCGAACAUUUGGAAGAAUGUGACCUACCGACAAAAUCCGCAUUGGAUUUGCGUUUUGUGGCCAAACUGACCGGUGCAAAAGCGCAAAACUUGGCUGAAAUGUAUAAGGCUGUUGUGGGUGGUACCUUGAAAAAAGAUUUAGAGCUAAUUCGAUCCGAUUGGGAGGCGGACACAUUGACUCCUCAACAAAUUCAAUAUGCUGCUGAUGAUGCUAUAGCUGGCAUAGAGAUCUAUAAGGCGUUAGCCAAUAAAGUGUCAGAUGUAAAAGUUUUCGAGAAAUUUUAUGAUAUGGACUACGUACCUCAUUGGCACAAUGGUUUGGAAAGUGUGGCGUCAGAUGAAUGUUGCCUUCAGUAAAUACUUAUAUUGAGCCCUUUUCGUGAAUAUAAUCUAAUCGCCAAAAAUCACAUUUUACAGAAGAAGAUUUUUUAUGCUUAAUGAUGUGUUAAGGAUUUAUUUGAGCAAGAUUAUUAUUAUUAUGUACAAAAAAUUGUCUGAUUUAAUAAAGUGUCUUCCAGCGCUUUUUUAAAAUGUAUGUAAAA